AUGAUGAGCACAAUUCACAUUUGUCCUCCACUAGAUUCUCUGGAGGCUCAGUCUGUAAGUCGAUCAAUCAGUCUACGUCGGUCGAACAGUUGCUCACAAAUGGAUGAUUACUUUGACCUGGAUGCGCCGAAUGUGCUGGGACGUGCGUGCUCGCAUCAGUUACGCAGUCUAUCACCGGCAGUUUCCCCAACAACAACAGCAGCAGCCACCAUGGACGCGGACCGUGCGACCAUCAACAAUCCUGGGUUACGUCUGUUAUCACAAUUGGCCGUAUUCUGUCUAGUGGAGCACCAGUCUGGUGCAUUAGGUUCACAAAGUUCUCCAUCGUCCAAACGACCAAGCUCACAAUUGAUUUCUCUGUGUCAACGUCUACGAAUCCCAUGUCAGUUCACAGACCAUCAGGCGAAAUUUGAUAAUUUGGAACAAAUGGAAAACCCGGACGCGACAACCGUAUUGGAUCGGCGAUACACCACUGUGCUCGCCAUCGGAAUCCCUCCCACCUCGGCCCGUACACUAAGCCCGCAUACAAAGGCAACCACUGAUCACGACCACAGCCCGGUCGUGAUCAAAGGGUUCGGUCGGACGAAGGAGGCUGCACAUGAUGACGCUGUCCUGACCGCAUUUCGACUACUGGCCCGAGUGAACGGUUCGUUGACACAGCUGCUCGCAACAGACAGAAAUACGAACAACGGCAACAACAAGAUUGCCGCACAAGACACUAAUUAA